CCAAAACACCCGCAGCUGUUUAAACUAGAAAAAGACACUGGCACUUCCAAAUUGUUGUAGUUAGAGACAAGGAUGGCGCAAAGCUCUCAGCCAUGGGUGGAGAAAUACCGGCCGAAGCAGGUAAAGGACGUAAGCCACCAAGACGAGGUUGUUCGAGUCCUUACAAACACACUCGAAACUGCAAAUUGUCCGCAUAUGCUGUUUUAUGGCCCGCCUGGCACUGGAAAAACCACAACUGCCUUGGCAAUUGCUCAUCAGCUUUUUGGACCUGAAAUGUACAAGUCAAGGGUGUUGGAACUUAAUGCUAGUGAUGACCGUGGUAUAAAUGUUGUUCGCACAAAGAUAAAAAAUUUUGCUGCUGUUGCUGUUGGUUCUGGACACAAAAGUGGUUAUCCUUGCCCACCUUUCAAAAUCAUAAUCCUUGAUGAAGCAGAUUCAAUGACUGAAGAUGCUCAGAAUGCUUUGCGACGAACAAUGGAAACAUACUCCAAAGUCACAAGAUUUUUCUUUAUCUGUAAUUACAUCAGCAGGAUUAUCGAGCCACUUGCUUCUAGAUGUGCCAAGUUUAGAUUCAGACCACUGACAGAAGAUAUUAUGAGUAGUCGAAUCCUACACAUCUGCAAAGAGGAAGGUCUUAACUUGGACUCAGAGGCUCUUUCAACCCUCAGUACUAUCUCACAGGGUGAUCUUCGUAGGGGUAUAACAUACUUACAAAGUGCUGCUCGCUUGUUUGGAUCAUCUAUUUCAUCCAGGGACCUGAUUAAUGUCUCUGGGGUUAUCCCAAAGGAAGUUGUUCAUGCAUUAUUUUCAGCUUGUAAGAGUGGAAACUUUGACUUAGCUGACAAAGAAGUGAAUAGUGUAAUAGCCGAAGGGUAUCCAGUUUCUCAGAUUCUCUCUCAGAUAUAUGAUUUCAUUGUUGAAGUAGAUGACAUAUCAGAUGAACAGAAAGCAAGAAUAUGCAAGAAAUUGGCAGAAGCAGACAAGUUUCUUGUAGAUGGAGCGGAUGAAUAUUUGCAGCUGUUGGAUGUUGCGAGCAACACUAUGCAAACACUAUGCAACAUGCCGCAAGAAAUGAUCUACUAGAGAGCAUACCAUGAUUAGGGUUUUGAGACUUGUUUCAUAACAAUCAGUAGAUGUUUUGAGAAUUGGAAUUGAAGUAUUAAGUUGGUCUAUCAAGAGUGUUUUGGUAUUCAGUAAAAAUAUAUAUUCCGUUGUUUCGUAACAUGCGCCAUCAGACAUUUUGCCCACUAGAAUAUGAGCUUAAUUACGCACUUAUAUCAGUGUCUCAUUUUUUUGGAUGAACCUGUAAAUAUAUAUAUCAUCCGAAA